UGAACCUUCAAACAAAAAGCCCUUUACUCCAACCACUAUAGAGAUAAUCCAUCCUGCUCUGUAAUUUCCACUGCCCCACAAAAUCCGCUUCUCUUUCUUCACACUUAUCGUACAUUUCACGUCCUCUCUGUUCUCUCUCCGUAACACAAAUUACAAUGGAGAGUUUCGCCCUCCACUCUCUCUCCACUGCCACCACUUAUUCCUUCUUUCUCCCCUCUCGAUCCUACCUUCAAUCUCCCCAACCCAUCUUCAAAUCCCCAUCACCCAUCCUCCGAACACUCUCCAAUCCCCUUCUCUUCACCCCACUCUCAAAACCCCACAAACCCAAUUCGCCAUCCCACUUCACACUCCACUCCUCUCAAAUCGAGACGUCAUCCACCGUCCCGGCUACUCACACGACUCCGCCACCUCCACCACAAGGAGCAAAAAUCCUCCCUCUAAUCGCCUCUAUUUCAAUCGGUCUCAUUCUUCGUUUUGUCAUCCCUAAGCCGGUUCAAGUUAGCCAACAGGGCUGGCAACUCCUCUCAAUCUUUGUCUCCACAAUCGCUGGCCUUGUGUUGAGCCCAUUACCGGUUGGCGCGUGGGCGUUUCUGGGGUUAACGACGUCUAUAGUUACCAAAACACUUACGUUUUCGACUGCAUUCAGCGCUUUCACCAAUGACGUCAUAUGGCUGAUCGUCAUUUCCUUCUUUUUUGCACGUGGGUUUGUUAAGACGGGGCUGGGGGAUAGAAUAGCGACCUAUUUUGUGAAGUGGUUGGGGAAGAGUACAUUGGGAUUGUCGUACGGACUGACUUUUAGUGAGGCACUUAUUGCACCGGCUAUGCCCAGUACAACAGCGAGAGCUGGGGGGGUUUUCUUGCCAAUUAUUAAGUCAUUGUCGUUGUCAGCUGGGAGUAAGCCCGGGGAUUCCUCUUCAAGGAAGCUCGGCUCCUAUCUUAUUCAGUCUCAGUUUCAGUCUGCUGGAAACUCUAGUGCUCUAUUCCUUACUGCUGCUGCUCAAAAUUUACUAUGUCUCAAAUUGGCUGAGGAACUUGGAGUGAUAAUUUCAAGUCCUUGGGUGUCUUGGUUUAAGGCUGCUACUUUACCUGCUAUUGUUUGUCUUUUAGCCACUCCCCUUAUCUUAUACAGCCUCUAUCCUCCUGAAAUCAAAGACACCCCGGAGGCCCCUGCUAUAGCUGCAAAGAAGCUGGAAAAUAUGGGCCCUGUCACGAGAAAUGAAUGGAUCAUGAUGGGGACAAUGCUUCUUGCAGUUUCCUUGUGGGUCAGUGGAGAUGCUCUUGGAAUACCAAGUGUUGUAGCUGCGAUGAUUGGUUUAUCAAUACUUCUUUCGUUGGGAGUCCUUAAUUGGGAUGAUUGCCUAAGUGAGAAAUCAGCAUGGGAUACCUUGACUUGGUUUGCUGUUUUGGUAGGUAUGGCCGGCCAAUUGACGAAUCUUGGUGUAGUAACCUGGAUGUCUGACUCUGUGGCCAAGUGUCUUCAGUCUUUCUCUUUGAGCUGGCCAACUGCAUUUGGUGUUCUUCAGGCAUCUUACUUUCUAAUUCACUACAUGUUUGCAAGUCAAACUGGCCAUGUGGGAGCUUUAUAUUCUGCAUUUCUUGCCAUGCAUUUGGCAGCUGGGGUGCCGGGUGUAUUAGCAGCACAGGUUUUGGCUUAUAAUACGAAUCUUUUCGGUGCUAUAACACAUUAUAGUAGUGGACAAGCUGCUGUAUACUAUGGAGCUGGUUAUGUAGAUCUUCCUGACGUAUUCAAAAUGGGCUUUGUUAUGGCUGUCAUCAAUGCUCUCAUCUGGGGAAUAGUUGGAACUUUCUGGUGGAAAUUUUUGGGACUCUAUUAAUUCUUAACUCAUUUUUGAGCAUGCUUAUUGGUUCUGGCUUUGAAGAAAUGGCAUUGCAGGAGUUUCACAGGAGAAAACCAUCGAAGCUCAUUUCACAUUGAAGAACCGAGGGUGACAGGGAGUAAAAUUUGUCAUGUACAAACGGUUGGUUAAUACAGUUAAGUAUUAAUAAAUAUAUAAUAAUUUAAUUA